GGGACUGCUAUAGGUGUCAUGUCAGUCAAUCAUCUUUUUCAUUCGAAGUUUGUUCAGUCGGCUGACGUUUGAUUCGUUUGUUUGUUUUUCCUGGAAAACCUGAGAUACCUAUUGAGUAAUUCAAAUGUUUUUCUGAAAUGCCUUCUCCGUCAAGGAGCAACUUCCUGAUUUCACCUCAACCGCCUAAGCCUCCAUCAAAAAUGGGGCGGACGUUAUUCGUUUUAUUGUGGAAGCAUUUUACAGUGCGUUGUAGACAAUACAUAAACACGCCCUUAGAACUGUUAUUACCAGUGCUCUUCUUUAUAUUACUCUUUGUCACAAAAGGACUGUUUACUAACCCUAAUAUAGGAGAUUCCGAUACAAGCCAAUAUGUUAUGCGCUCGGAGCCCAAUGAAAUAAGCAGAUUGACAAAGCCGGAUAUUGUUAUAUACUUCCCACAAAACAAUGUGACUGACCAAUUGAUGGAUAAGGUUGGAGAGUCUCUGAGGUUGAAGCGAUUAGUAUACUUUGAUGGAAACAGAAAAGGCUAUUUCGGAACCAAUGACAUCGAUACCAUUAGUUUGAAAGAGAAAUAUCGCUUUUUGCUGGCAUUUGUAUCAUUCCAGAACAUGGACUACAAGCUUCCGGACAACCUGAACUACACAAUUCGAAUGAAGAAGGAUUUUGAAACACAAUUGUUCCAAUCGAUGGACGACGAAAUUGGGCCGCACAUGAAUUUUGGUAUGAACUAUGCAGAGUUCGUGCGACUGCAAUGGACCAUAGACACCAGUUACUUGGAACUCCGGACGGGAAUUCCCGUUAAACAGAAUGCGUCAAUACAAGAGUUCCCGUACGUGCGGUCGAGCGGUGCGUCGUAUAUCAGCAUUCUGGUGGGCGUUCUCAGCGUGGGGACGUAUUUCUCCCUCGCGAUCGUCUUUGUGUUCAUCAUGAUAAGGAUGGUCGAGGAACGCGCGUCCGGCAUACAGGAAUUGAUCAAAAUGGUGGGCGUGACAAACAAGACCCUAGGUCUUUCACACCUCAUCAACUUGCUGCCAGGGUGCCUGUUAUUCGCGGCCGCGGGGGGGAUAUUCCUGGUGGCGGGCACCCCCCCACUACUGGAGUCCACCAACGGGUUCCUGGUGUCCGUGGUGCUGUUCCUGCAUUACAUGUCCAUCGUCGCGUGGGCAUUCAUCGCUAGCUAUACUACCAUCAACAGUCAACAUACAACGGGACUGGCCAUCUUCAUCUACGUGGUGUCAAUGAUCCCGGCCAACCAGUUGAGCUACCGCAAGCUGCCGGCCAAGUUGCUACCGUUAGCCGGGUUGUUACCAGGCGUGCCUGCCACUUGGUUCUUCAAGGAGUUAUCCGUCCUGGAGCAGUUUGGUGCCGGCCUGACAUUCAAGACUAUGAUGUCAUCGCAUUCGGCCCAGUCGUUUUCCGUCGCCGUCGUGUACAUGUUCUUGCUGAUGCAGCUCUUCUUGUAUUUUAUGAUCGCCUGGUACCUCAGUCUGGUGCGGCCCGGGAAAUACGGCACUGCUUUGCCUUGGGAUUUCUUGUUCAGGAAAGAGUACUGGUCCAAGAACGAAGUCCACCCAGACUUUGAUAUAAACGAAGCGCACGAGAGAGAGAAGAUAGCAGCCGAGCAGAAGUAUUUCGAGCCAUUGCCGGCCAAUAGCGACGUCGGCAUCGAGAUAGAUAACGUAUCCAAGUCAUUCGAAAAGGUCCGCGCUCUGAACCAAGUGUCGCUGCCGGUGCUCAAAGGGGAGAUUACCGUACUUCUGGGACACAAUGGCGCCGGCAAGACUACCCUUAUGUCGAUCAUAACAGGCAUGAUGACGGCGUCAUCAGGCAAGGUGUACGUGAACGGACUGGACACGGUGACGCAGCAGACCGCAGUCAGGAGCCAGUUAGGCUUCUGUCCGCAACACAACCUGUUCUUCAAGGACCUCACCGUGCUGGAGCAUGUCAAGUUCUUCUGUUUGUUGAAAGGCGCACUGUCAUGGGAACAGUCGACGAAAGCGUCGAUGGAUCUCCUCAGCCAACUUGGCCUCGAACAGAAGGCUAACUCUCUGAGCGGGCAGCUGUCGGGCGGGAUGAAGAGGCGGCUGCAGCUGGCGUGCGCGCUGGCCGGGGACGCCAGUGUGCUGGUGCUGGACGAGCCCACCGCUGGGCUCGACGUGGAGACCAGGAGGAGUCUGUGGGAUCUCUUGUUGUCCCUCCGCACCGGACGAACAGUUCUCAUAUCGACACACUUCAUGGAGGAGGCUGACGCACUAGGCGACAGAGUGGCCGCGCUACAUCGCGGUAUAUUGCGGUGUUACGCCACUCCUAUGCACCUCAAGAAGGAAGUUGACACGGGUUACCGCCUCUCGAUAACCCUGGAGCCAAACGCCUCACCAUCAGCGGCUCUGGACAUCAAGAACGCGAUCACGUCCGCGCUGCCGCAAGCGACGCAGCUGCCCGAGUCCGGAGUCCGCACGCUGGCCUUCAGUCUGCCGAGUCGCGAGAGCGCUCAGUUCCCGCGGCUGUUCACGAAGCUGGAGAAGGGGAAGGAUAAACUAGGGAUUGAGUCCAUCGGCGUCUGCGUUUCCACUCUGGAAGAGGUGUUUUUGAAACUAUGCAGUGACGUCAGCACCGUGAACCCGGACGACGAAGUUGAUGCUACACUUCAAGAUGAUAUAGUAACGCAAAGGAUGGGAGGCGUGCGGUUGAUUUUAAGCCAAAUGGUAGCCCUCUUCGUGCGCCAGAUCAGAUACUCGAGGUCGUCGUGGAAAAUGUUUCUGCUCACACAAGUCAUCCUACCAAUAGUGAUGCUAUGCAUGGUGACCAAACUAGUCAAUGACACGGAGUUCCAAACCAAGGAGCGCAACAGUCCGGCCGCCAUGAACAUGGACUUGUACCAGGAUAUGGACGAGAGGAAAUUACUCUCCAGCUUCGAUAUACCUCUGAAAGAUAGACCCGCUUGCUGCGGACUUCGUUAUGAUCACGCCGAUAAUAUUAGCGAAACUCUAAUCGACAUUGCUAAAGACGAUAAGAUACAAUACAAUAAAUACUUGAUCGGUGUACAGUUGAACGAAUCUAAUGCAGUGGCGUACUAUACGACAACGGUCCGUCACGCCCUGCCCAUAGCAAUGAACGCUCUGACCAACGCGAUCGCCUCGACACUCUCCACAGAUAAUGACAUUUCCAUAACAACUAUCAACCACCCCAUAGAUGACACUUCGUUCCGUCAACAAGUGAAGCUUGUUCAGCCCAAAUCACAGAUUAAUACCAUCAUGUGGGCGUUUUGCAUCGGUUUCUUCGUCCAAACAUCGCUCCUCCAAGUACUAGUGUUACCGUGCAAGGAGCGCAUAUCCCGUACUCGCCAUAUACACAUAAUGUCCGGCUGCAGCCCGGAGCUGCACUGGAUGACGUCAUUACUGUACCACGCCGCACUGAGCAUGUUCGUGCUCAUUAUGCCAACCAUUAUUUUUGCGCUCGCGGUGGACAACAACCAUACUUUAUCGCAGGCUGAUAUUAUAUUUCCGCUGAGCCUGCUGCUGGUGGGAGGCUGCCUCGCGUUCAUCGCGCUGGCCUUCCUCGUCAGCUUCCUCAUGAACUCUGACAAGGCGGCCGCCACGGCGCUCUUCGGGUUCACUUUCUUGUUCUCCCUAAUAACACCAGCUAUGAAAUCGGCCUGUCAAUUCGACACGAACUCCUGCGCAUACUACGGCGACGUCCUAGACUUCUUCUCCUACACGAUAACACCACAAACGUUAGUCGAAGCGAUGUUGCGACUCUCCACUGUGGCGAGAUUGAACGCGUACUGCAACCUCAAUAGGGAUCAAUGUCCUAAUUUGUUAAUUAACGACGCUGGCUUCGACGCUGAAAGGUGUUGUGCUAACCUAAAUCCACGGCCUUACCUCGCGUACGACGACUAUUCUCCCUUGAUCUACAUUGUGGCACUCUACACACAAUUCCUUAUCAUUAUGAACGUGGUGUUCCUAACGGAGCGCGGGCUGCUGGAGCGCGUGCGCACGCGCACGCUGUCGCUGCGCUACGCGGCGCAGGCGCGGGCGCGCUGUCACAAGGACGACGUCCUGGAGAAGGAACACCAAUACGUCGACGAGGCUCUCGCCCGUCCCCGCGGCGACGCUCUCCUGAUAUCGUCAGUACACAAGCACUACCCGAAGAUGUUAUGCGGCAGGGGUGUCACCGCGGUCAGGGGUGUCAGUUUUGCUGUGCGAGAAGGCGAAUGUUUCGGCCUAGUAGGCGUGAACGGUGCGGGCAAAUCGACAACUUUCAAGAUGAUGACGUGCGAGACUUUCCCCACGCGUGGGGAGAUCGUGGCCAACGACCAGAGACAACAUGUGUUUGAUAACGCCAAGUACUUAAACGGGUUGGGAUACUGUCCCCAAUUCUUCGGCAUGGAUGACUUCCUCACGGGCAGACAGAACCUGGAGUUGCUGCUAGCACUGGACGGGCUCACCGCCGAGGACUCCAAGAAAGAAGCGGUCAGGUGGCUGGAGCUCAUUGAUUUAACGAAAUACGCGGAUAGACCCGUGAGCGAUUACAGCGGCGGGUGUUCGCGGCGACUGAGCAGCGUGGCCGCGCUUGCUCGGCGAGCGGCGCUGUCGCUACUGGACGAGCCCACUGCUGGGGUAGACGUGGCCGCGCGGCGACAGCUGUGGAGAGCCGUGAGAGCGGCGCAGGCGCAGACCACGCUGGCGGGCAGGAAGAGAGCCGUGCUCAUCACUUCCCACAGUAUGGACGAGAUGGAGGCGCUGUGUGCGCGCGUGGGCAUCAUGAGCGAGGGCCGGCUGGCGGCGCUGGGGUCGCCGGCGGCGCUGCGCGCGGCGCACAACGCCGGCCUCGCCCUCUUCAUCAAGAUCAGGCACGCCAGCACUGGCCCGGAUGCUGACGUGACGGACAGCCCCAGUGGCCUAAGUCCAGAACUGAAGCGACUGAAAGAGACGUGUUUGGAGUACCAGUGGACACCCAAAGACGAACACAGGACUAUGCUAAACUACCACGUGGAUAAAUCUCUCAAGUUAGAGUACAGCGAAUUGUUCACCAAACUAGAAGAGCUGCGCAGAACAUUCCCCGACCUUAUAGAAGAUUACGCGGUCACAGAAACCACGCUUGAACAAGUUUUCCUGUCGUAUGCCAAGACACCGCAAGAUGGCAACGUGUAGGUCCAGAGCUGUUUUACCCACAGUUAUUGAACUGUGAGAAAUAAAAAAAAAAACAGACUUUAUUCUUAAAAGAAUAGAGCUCGUAUUAAUACAAAGGUUCCGUGAUGUGAAAAUUGAUUUGAUAUAUAGUCAAUUUUCGAUUGUUGUCGAUUCUAAAACAAUCUAGUCGGUUGGUUGAGAGAUCGAACGAUUAUUCAACGGUAUACGUACUCUUUUCGUUAUAAGACUUCAAGGUAUGCUAGAAAGAGAAUCCAUUCCUUGUCAUUCGUUGGUUGCAUGCGUACUAUGUACACAUACGGAGACAAUUGCAAUGCGUGUUGCCAACAAGUCAAUUGAUAUGGGUUUUAAUUCUUUUCCGCAUUUUUUUAUCUAACCCAAAACUGUGCAUCACAUGAACUCACACUGAAAUUACAUAAUGUUUCCAAAGAUCAUAUAAACUUUAUCUGAAGGGAAAACGUAUUUUUCGGAAAAUGUCCCCUUGUCGUAAAAUGUCUCUCGCAGAAUAUCUCUUUCACACAUUGUGUCUUUCGAAAAUGUCACGACAGGGAAUAGGCAACAUCAAUAAUUUGUUUGUAUUAUAUAACUACGCGUAUACUUGAACUUUAAUAAAAUGUUUUGCUUCGAAAAUCUAAAUUUUAUUUUAAGUCCCUGUCGCGACAUUCUCCUAAAGAGACACUAGGGUACAUUUUGCUCAUGAACCAUCUAAAAGGACGCGCCUUUCUAAUAACGUCAUGGCCUGGCACCUAGCUUACAACUAGUAUCUGCUUUCAACUUGUGUGUGAAGCCACAUCAUAGCGUGGCAACUACUCCAUUUAAUGGGGCGGUUAGUAGCUACUAACAUCAUGACGUUAGCAGCCAAGUUUCAUGCCAGAUCACUUCGGGAUGUCUCCUCGAAUCAACUUUUGAGGUGCGCACAAGAACUUAUUAUAACAAUAGGUGUAAUCAUCAACAGAAUCUCACAUAUACUUUUUUUUACUAUCAUCUUCAUGUGAACAACAUAACGACUAUAAAUAGUGACAUGGUGAUGAUUGUGAUAUUAUAUCGUUAAAUAAGGGUUCCUUGUGUUUAUUACGGAACCAUAAUUGUUGUGCUUAAUGACAAAGACUAUUGUAGGUUAGAAUAUGGCUUGCGUCAGUAUUUUUAGCUAUAAAUUGACAUUCAAAUAUGGGUCUAAUGUAGUGUUUAUAAAAAUAUAUAUAAAAUUGAUCGGCACAAACUGACGGUUUUAGUGCGAGGUAGAUAAUAAUUUAAAACAUUGACUAGGCAGAUCACUUGAUUGAGUUGAUUUGACUGGGGAUGAAUGAGGCGUGGGGGGAUGACGACAAAAGGGAUUGACAGGCUCUCAGUUCCCUUUGUCGUCUACCCGGGUGAAGACUCAUUUAGAAUAGUCGAGCCCUAACUGCGAUAGAAAUAGUCGAGCAAUGGUAGUAGAGGGGCGUAGGAGAACACUGAGAAUGAGAUGGCGUAGCACGUGGAAAAGGAAAGAGUAGGUCUUUGCUCAGUAGUAGGACACUACUUAUAAGCCAGUAAGAAAAAAUUGUGAUGGUGAAGUCCUAAAAUGCCAAAAGAUUAUGGUCAGACUGUGUGUGUUGGUUAUUCCUUAUUUAAUUCGUAUUAAUAAUAAAAAUUGAAAAUUAUAGAAGAAGAAUCUUAAGUAGGUAUUAUAAAUUGAUUUAAUGUUAAAAAAAGAACUAAUAUCUGAGAUAAUAUUUAAUGCAUAGUGGACCCAUAUCUGAAUGGAAACGAAUUAGAGGUCAUAGCAUACUUCACCACUUAUACCCAAAAAACGCUCAUUGAAAAAUGAGCUUUAAAACGUCACCUGGAGACAUACUUUACAUUGACAUCACGAGAGCUAACAGCGAGUAAUCGCUAAUUUAUUGUCAAUGUAAAGUAUAUCUUCAGAGGACGCUGUAAAGCUCACUUUUCACUGAAUGUCUUGUUGUCGGAUGGGAGCUGUACGGUAGAAGGAUGCUUUUAAUCGGCUACGAUUUCAAUGUUUAAAAGAUUUGAUGCUUUCGUACAUAAAUGUUUUUCUACCCUCCAAAUAAAAAUGUUCAGAUUACACUAUAUCACACGGUACACGAUAGACACUAUUGGACUAUUGUUUCGGAGGUAAUUACAUUUUUAUCUUUUUUUUUAAUAAUUGUAAAUGCAGAUUUUUUUAUGUUGUGUGUCACAAAAAUGUGACUUAAUUAUAAGAUUUAUAAUCUUGUGUUUUAUGUUAAUUUUAAGUACUUAGAAUAUUCGUUUUAUAUAAUCUGUGUAUGUGUACGCUAAAAGCGUCCAUUGUAAUCUUAUAAGUCCUUAUAAAAACGUAUCUUACAAUUUAAUGUUUCUUUGGCGUAAUUGUUUUCGCUUUUGAUAAACAGUGAAAAAACAAAAGAAAAAUAUUUUUAGCUGUAUUAUCAUAAAAGUUCAAAAAACUAAUUUAUGCACAAUAAUCAUUCACCAAAACGGACAGUAAUGAGACGAGUUUCAAAACCCAAUAAAAUUUCAUUAAUCAAAACUCUAAUUACGCCAACCGGAUUGAAAUAAUAUUCUCAUUUAAAAACUGGUUUCGAACAGUGUUUUAAAGUGUCUGAAUUGUUAUUGGUUGCAAAAUACUCUUCACCUCAGGUGGUGAAUUUAAAGUAUGUUUGUGUUAUUAAUCUUGGCAAAAACUAGUAGACUAAGUAAUCAUUUCCGUCCUCUUGGUCUUAAGUAAUGCUGCUCUCUCUCUGUUAUCUACUAGUUUUAGUCAAGUUUUAAAAUGUUAUAUAUCUAUGCAUAAGAGUGUAUUUACACUAAAGUCGAAUAUGUUUUGAAAAAAUAUUCAUUGGCGAAAUAGAGCUUAUAUAUUUUAAAAUAUUUAUUUUAUAUAAUCACACCCAAGUCACAGAUUUAGCUUAAAAAGCAACAUAUUUUCAAUUUUCACUUUCAUUUGCAAAAACGCGUUUUGUAACAUUUGCACAAGACUUCCCCAUUGUUUGGCAUUUAUUAAUUUAAGAUUAAAAUUUAUAUAGAAGUUGGUAAUAACAUUCCAAUUAUCUUUUUAUUAAUUUUGCAUCCUUUCCACAUUUUCUUAGUUUUAAUUUCCACUACGAGUACGAGUAUUUAAUUUCCACUACGAGUACAUGUAAACAAGUUUAGAAUAGGUAUCCGAAGUUUUAUUAUCACUAUUUUGUAAGGUAUAUGGUAAUUUUCAUUUUGUAUCUGUGUAGACAACUGUAUUUUUAUAUUAAUAAAAUGACUGAAUGUAAAACUU